UGCUUUCAUUUAAAAAUGUACUUCACUUGCCUUCUCUAACCUAUCUCCCCCCCCUCUAUCCUCUCCUUCUCUUCUAGUUAGUUAUGGCCGAUACGGUGAACUGGGCUGAAGCAGUUGACCAACAGGAACAGGUUACCAGUGGUGUAGCUGGUUUAAACGUGUCCCCAGCUGAUCCAGGGGACGUCGAGACUAGCAAAGCCGAGGCAUCUCUCCUCACUAAGAUCCUACGAACGAAACUCGUCGAUAAUUCAAAUGAUGUAGAGGUUCAGCAGAAUGAUCCGACCUCUCCACUUUAUUCUGCUCGCUCCUUUGAAGAACUUAAUCUUCAUCCUAAUCUUCUAAAAGGUAUCUACAGUAUGAAAUUCAACAAACCGUCAAAGAUACAGGAGAAAGCAUUGCCACUUUUAUUAGCCGACCCUCCUCAGAAUUUAAUUGCUCAAAGUCAAAGUGGAACUGGUAAGACAGCUGCUUUUGUCUUGGCAAUGUUGACGAGAGUUGACACUUCAAAACCUUACCCUCAAAUUCUUUGCUUGUCUCCUACGUUUGAUCUGGCCCAGCAAACUGGUAAGGUUUUACAGCAAAUGGCCCAAUAUUCUCCUGAAAUUAAAAUGACUUAUGCUGUAAGAGGAUCAAGAACUUUUCAACGUGGUCAAAAUGACAAAGUAACCGAGCACAUAUUAAUUGGUACUGCCGGGACUGUGCUUGAUUGGGCUGUCAAGUUUCGGGUUUUUGAUCCCAAACUGAUCAACAUGUUCGUACUCGAUGAAGCUGACGUGAUGAUUGAUACUCAAGGACAACAAGACCAAACUAUUAGACUCCACAAACAACUAAGGAGAGAUUGUCAACAUGUCUUAUUCAGUGCGACCUACAACGAGGAAGUUAUGACUUUUGCAAAGAAAAUUAUUUCAGAGCCUAAUAUAAUUCAUUUGAAGCGAUCGGAGGAAAGCCUCGAUAAUAUAAAGCAGUAUUAUGUUUGGUGCUCAGCUGCUGGUGAUGAGGGAAAAUUUGCCGCCUUAACUAACCUCUAUGGAGUCCUAACCAUUGGCCAAUGCAUUGUAUUCUGUCAUACAAGAAAAUCGGCAGCUUGGCUUGCAGGAAAAAUGAACAAAGAGGGACACGCUGUGGCUCUGUUGACAGGCCAGUCAACUGUUGAGCAAAGAAUUGCUGUUUUAGACAGAUUCAGAGAAGGCAAAGAGAGGCUACUGAUUACGACUAAUCUCUGCGCUAGAGGAAUCGACAUUGAUCAGGUCACGUUAGUAGUGAAUUAUGAUAUUCCGAUGGAUGUCCAUCACAAGCCCGACUGCGAGACUUAUCUACAUAGAAUUGGUAGGACUGGAAGAUUUGGGAAAUCUGGUCUAGCCGUUAAUUUUGUCGAUGGGAGGAAAUCCUAUGAUAGCCUGAUGUUCAUACAGAACCACUUCAAGAGGGAAAUUCAAAAGCUUGAUGCUGACGAUCCUGACGAGAUUGAAAAGCUACAGAAAUGAGAAUUGAAAGACAACCAAUUAUUAGCUUCUUAUUAUUUUCUGUCUUUAUUUCUAUGCACGCAUUUGACAAUUAAUAACACAGGCACACGUGGUCUACCCUACACGAUCCUUCACUCUUUCUCUUGUUAUUGUACCUUUCCCAAGUUUUUUUUUAAAGUA